GAGGACCGACCCAAACCAAACCCGAUCCCAACCCUCGCUUUCCGCUCGCUCACGGCCUCUCCCCCCUCUCCACGCCAAUUUCGAAACAGCGAGAGCAGCCAAAAGCCGAGCCUUCACAGAUUAAGAACCUAGCUAGGGAGGGAGAGCGUGGAGGUGAAAGCUGGGAGCGCUUGGAGCGCGAAUUCGGUGUCGAUCCGGCGCGGUGGCUGGGGAUGGCGGCCGCGGAGCAGCUGAGGGAGCUCGGGGAGAAGCUGCAGGCGGCCUUGCCGGCGCCCGCGGACGAGCUUGCCAAGCUCCUCGAGCAAGCUGCGGAAUGCUUACAUGGAGUAGAGCAGUCGCCAGGGUCCUCGGUGAUGGAAGCUAUCCAACCAAUUUUAAAAGCUGUCACCAGAGAAGAAUUAUUGAAACAUGAGGAUGAAGAUGUCAAAGUUCUCUUGGCAACAUGCUUCUGUGAAAUUACAAGAAUAACUGCACCUGAUGCUCCAUACAGUGAUGAUGUUUUAAGGGACAUAUUUUAUCUGAUAGUUGGUACAUUCAGUGGACUCAGUGAUGUUAGUAGCCAAUCCUUUGGCAGGAGAGUUGCUAUUCUUGAAACAGUUGCAAGAUACCGAGCAUGUGUUGUGAUGUUAGACCUUGAAUGUGAUGAUCUCAUCACAGACAUGUUUCGGAUGUUCUUACAAGUUGUCAGUGACAGUCAUGAACAAAAUAUUGUGAAGUCAAUGGAGACAAUAAUGGCCCUCAUUAUAGAUGAGAGUGAAUAUAUACAGGAGAGCCUUCUACGUGUACUGCUAUCAGCUUUAGGGCAGAGGAAAACUGGUGCUGCAACGGCUGCACGUAAGCUCGCUCGCAAUGUUAUUGGGCAUUCUGCAGGAAAACUUGAAUCAUACAUAAAGAAGUUUCUCACAUCAUCCUUGGAUGGGGAUGUCAGUUCUUCAAAUGAUCGAAUUGAUCAUCACGGAAUCAUAUUUGAUUUGUAUCAGUGUGCUCCAAAGGUUCUUAAGGUGGUGGUGCCUUAUAUAACUGGGGAACUACUGGCAGAUCAAGUAGAUAUACGAUCUAAAGCAGUUGAAUUACUUGGGGAAAUUUUUUCCUUACCUGGAGCCCCUAUCUUGGAAUCUUUCAAGUCUCUUUUUGCUGAGUUCCUGAAGAGACUGACUGAUAGAGUAGUUGAAAUCCGUGUUUCUGUGAUCGAACAUUUGAAGAGAUGUCUAUUAUCAAACCCUUCCAAACCUGAAGCUCCAGAAAUUAUCAAAGCACUUUGUGAUAGAUUGCUGGAUUAUGAAGAAAAUGUGCGAAAGGGAGUGGUGGGUGCACUUUGUGAUGUUGCUUGCCACUCACCUGGUGCUAUUCCAGUUGACACUAUCAAAGUAGUAGCGGAACGUGUCCGUGAUAAAUCGCUGGUUGUGAAGUGCUAUACAAUGGAGAGAUUGGCAGAUAUUUAUAAGCUGUACUGCCAGAGGGGUUCUGAUAGCUCAACAGAAUCUGAUGAUUCUGAGUGGAUACCUGGAAAAAUAUUAAGAUGCCUUUAUGACAAAGAUUUUAGACCGGAGUCAAUCGAAUCAAUUUUAUGUGGUUCGUUGUUCCCACCAGAGUUUCCAACAAAAGGAAGAGUUAAACAUUGGGUAACAGCUGUUGCACACUUUGAUAAAGUUGAGUUGAAAGCUCUUGAGCAAAUUCUUCUGCAAAAGCAAAGACUGCAACAAGAAAUGCUGAAAUACAUGUCCCUUCGGCAACUAAGCCAGGAAGAUGCCCCUGAUCUGCAGAAAAGAAUUCUGGGAUGUUUCCGGAGCAUGUCUCGCUUAUUCAGUGACCCUGCAAAGUGCGAGGAGCACUUGAACAUGCUUCAUCAACUAAAAGAUGACAAUAUCUGGAAAAUAUUCACUAGCUUGCUUGAUUGUUCAGCUACAUUCGAGAAAGCUUGGUCUCUUCGGGCUGACUUGCUUAAGAUUCUUGGUGAAAAACAUGCACUAUAUGAUUUUGUGGGCUCAUUAACAAUGAGAUGUUCAUAUUUACUUGUAAACAAGGAGUAUGCCAAAGAUAUUCUCUCUGAAGCUUCUGAACAAAAGACUGCUGAGAAUACAAAACUCAUCUCAGCAUGCAUGGAUCUUCUAACGGCAAUAUCUAGUUUCUUUCCUUCGCUGUUGUCUGGUCUUGAAGAAGACAUUGUUGAACUCCUGAAGGAGGAUAAUGAACUGCUUAAAGAGGGUAUUGCUCAUGUUUUGUCGAAGGCUGGUGGCAAUAUUCGUGAACAGCUAGCCUCAUCAAGCUCCCUUGAUCUUCUAUUAGAGCGGUUAUGCUUAGAAGGCACGCGGAGACAGGCUAAAUACUCUGUUCAUGCACUUGCUGCCAUUACAAAGGAUGAUGGUCUUAUGUCACUAUCUGUUCUUUACAAGAGGCUUGUGGAUUUGUUAGAGGAGAAGAAAGUGCAUUUACCAUCUAUUCUGCAAUCUUUGGGAUGUAUAGCUCAGAUAGCGAUGCCAAUUUUUGAAACACGGGAGGAAGAAAUAAUAAGUUUCAUAACUAAAAAAAUUCUUGAGUGCAAUGAUGAUAUGGCUGAAGAUUCUUCUCACAAAUCUGAAUGGGGCGAUAGUACACAUAAUUGUUUGUUAAAGAUUUGUGGCAUUAAAACUUUGGUGAAGAGCUACCUAUCUUGCAAAGAUGCUCAAGCACACCCAGGAAUAGAAAAUUUAAUGGGUAUUCUUAAGAAUAUUCUUACCUAUGGUGAUAUAUCUCCAAAUAUGGUUUCAAGUGCUGUUGAUAAGGCACAUUUGAGGCUUGCAGCUGCGAAAGCUGUUCUGCGCUUAUCAAGACAAUGGGAAAACAAAGUGCCUGUUGAUGUGUUUUCUUUGACUAUGAGGAUUUCAGAGGAUGAUUUUCCUCAGGUUAGGAAAUUAUUUCUUAGUAAGGUACAUCAAUAUAUCAAGGAGAGGGCACUGGAUGCAAAAUAUGCUUGUGCCUUCUUGCUAGGCAUCGACGAUUAUCGUGCCCCGCAGUACGAAGAGUUCAAGCACAACCUGAUUGAAGUGGCUCAGAUAUGCCAACAAGUUAGGAUGCGUCAACUUUCUGUCCAAGCAGACAGGAAUUCGCUGACAGCUUACCCAGAGUAUAUAAUUUCCUAUUUGGUUCAUGCCCUCGCUCAUGAUCCUUCAUGCCCAGACAUUGAGGAACAUGAGAAUGUCAAGGCAUUUGGUCCAAUUUACUGGCGAUUGCAUCUGAUUCUUUCAACUCUCCUGGGAGAAGAAGGUUUGCAACUUAGUGUUCCAGGCAUGAAAAAGGAGAGCUUCACAACAAUAAUAUCUAUAUUCAAAAGCAUAAAAUGUUCACAAGAUGUGGUUGAUGUAAACAAAACCAAGACUCUGCAUGCUAUAUGUGAUCUUGGCACUCUUAUUGCAAAGAAGUUAUGCCAAGACCAAAAUAUAUCAGAAAGCCAAACGGUUCCAUUGCCUGCUCAACUUUACAUGCCAUCUCAGGAUAGCCAAAAUAACAAUUCUGUGGAGACUGAUGAGCAGAUGUGGUUGGGAUGUGAGAAAGUACUAGCCCAUUUUGAGGCUCUUAUGACUGAAAACAAUGAUGAGGUUGAAUCUCCCAAACAAAAGAUGCUUAUAGAUGAGACUGAUGAAUUUGGUAAUGAAGUUCCUCUUGGGAAAAUUGUCAAACUUCUUAAAUCUCAAGGAGACAAGAAGAUGGGAAGAAAGCAGAAGACAGCAUCUGGUUCAGUAAAUGCAGGCAACGACGAUGAUGUCCUUGGGUUGGUAAGAGAAAUUAACUUAGACAACCAAGGAAAUUCAGGGGAAUCGGAGAAGAGCAAACCUAAGAAGCGUCGGGCAGAUAUAAAAGAGAGCAACGAGAAGCCAGUAGUUUUUUCUACACCAAAACGCAAAAGAUCUGUUUCGAAUAAUAGACCACAUUCAGCAAAGGGCAGUAAAAACAGUGAUGAACUUCAACUGCAUACUCCAAACACAGAUGGGACCAGGAACUCCUUGGAAAGUAACUUGAAGGAGAAACACAGAGAUGAAUCAACUGAUACAGAGUUAUUAGUAUCUCCGACUAGUAGUAAAACCCCUGUAUCCAAAGGAAAUAAGGGCGCAAAGAAACGCCAUACUGACAUCUUAAAUAGUGGCUCAAAGAAGUCUGCUGAUGAAGACAGUAGUAAGAGAGCCACUGAAUUGGGAAGUCUAAAUGGGUCACUCAAAAGGCAGAAGCCAAAAUUGGUUUAUGGUCUAGCAAAGUGCACAACCCAUGACUCAAGCAGCGCAGACUUGGUAGGAAACCGAAUAAAAGUUUGGUGGCCUUUGGAUAAGAAAUUUUAUGAAGGUGUCGUGCAAUCAUACGAUUCAUCGAAGAAAAAACAUACGGUGCUAUACGAUGAUGGUGAUGUUGAAGUGCUUAACUUAGCUAAAGAAAAGUGGAGUAUAAUUGAAACUAAUGAUUCUUCAGUGAAGAAGCAAAAGGACCAUCCAGGGGCAAACCAAGGACGAGCACAAGAGAGAACUAGCAGCAGCAAGCAAACUCUGCCUAACCAACAGAAGUCAAAAAAGAGGUCCUCGCCUCCAAAGAGGAAAGGGCAGCCAAAGAACAAACGUAGAAAGACUACUGCAGGGGGUAAAAAGUCUGUCAAAGAGAGCAGUGGAGCUGGUGUUAAUGAUUCAGAUUCAUCCAUUUCUCUUGCUCACUCAGAUGUUGACAAAGAUGUAAACUCUGAUGGGCACAUGGAGGAAGAAGUAGCAGUUAACCCAGCUGAGAAAGAGAAGGCAGGGAAAGAAUCCAAAGAUGUGGAAAUGAAAGAGGAGAAAAAGCCGGAUUGUAGUUUGAACAGCAAGGAGGAAUCUGACAAUGAAACUCUUAGCCUGUGGAGAAAACGCACAGCAAAAGCAACAUAGUUCUGCCUUCUCAGUUGACCAUUCUUAGUAGGAUGCAGAUUUCACAGGCAGCCGUUCGGGAGUGUGGAUAUCUUGAUUGAUUGACCCUUUGCAAUUGGCAGUUGUAAUGUAGAAAAUGUUCUUUUCAAUAGCAACAGAUUAGUAUAGAAGAGCAGUGGAAUAGGAUUUGCUUGUAAUGUUAAUUAGAAGCCGGCACUUGUUGCCCAUUAGCUAUGUCAUGGCGUCCCUGGGUUCCCUGUCUUGUAUAUCCUUGAGAGGGUCGGAGGCGGUGCAACAUAUCUGUUAGUUCUUUCGCAGGAGCUGUGUUAUACUCAUGUAGAAAUGUUGUAGGCAAUAAUCAAAUGGCUGUUUGUGUUGUAAAACUAGCAGCGGGCAUCCAAUUUUGGCCCUCGUUCCAAAGAACCAUAUUUUGGUUGUAGAAUGUCACGCUCGAGUAGUAUUUGGACUAAAUAAGGAGAUCGUCAGUAUAGUUUUGUUUUGUAAUGUUAACAUUUUUCUAUAUUAUAUUUAGUGGCUAGCUUUUCAAAGUUGCUGGACA